AUGUCCAAAAUCAAGAUAAAGGCGCUAAAAGCUGUCGGGAGUACUCAGUCGUGUUUAACUCAAUUGCUUGCUCACAUUAAUGAUCCAUUGCAAAUAAAAAACGCGGCUGCGAACUUCCGCAACGUGAAGGCGUGUGAGAAGAGCACGGCUGCAUUAUCUCCGCAAUGUGUGAUACUUGUAAUUUAG